GGCAACCUGGAGCAGCACAGAGAGAGGGGUUUCGCCAUUUUUUUGUUGUUCGUUUGCUGGCUGAGGGCAACUGUCAAGCUUUUGCGUGGAGGUUCAGGGGGUGGUCAUCACUUUAUCGCAUUUGUUUUUGUUUCUCUUCUCUCAGUACGCUCACCCCAUUCUUUUCCCUGGUCGAAGGGUCGUUCCUUUUACGUUGUCUUUUUUUUCGGGGGGGGGGGGGGGGGGUGGGGGGAGGGGGGGAAGGAAACAAAAAAGAGAUGGUGAAGAUUUUCGUGGGUAAUCUACCACGGCCGACGACCGCCGAUGAAAUCCGGGCCUUAUUCGAGAAGUACGGCUCCGUGAGCGAAUGCGACCUGAUCAAAAAUUAUGGCUUUGUGCAUAUGAAGGACCGGGAAGCAGCCAAGGAGGCGAUUGAGAACCUCCACCACUACAAGUUGCAUGGGGUCUCCAUUAACGUGGAGGCCAGCAAAAGUGUGUCCAAGUCCUCGACCAAGCUGCACGUGGGUAAUGUUGCAGCUGGCUGCACUAGUCAGGAGUUGCAGGCCAAGUUUGAGGAGUAUGGAACCGUCUUAGAAUGCGAUAUCGUUAAGGACUACGCCUUUGUGCACAUGGAGAGGAGCGAAGAUGCCAUGGAGGCCAUCAGGGGGCUGGAUGGCACAGAAUUCAAAGGUUAUCGCUCAGAUCCUUUUUUGUUGGUCACAGCACACAGAGUUAAUACUGGUUUCUCCUGGCUGUUCUUGCAAGCUAAGGAAUGUACAUUAUUCUCUGAUUUAAAGAAAAUCCAUAGAAUCCCUACAGCGUGGAAACAGACCAUUCGACCCAAGAAGUCCACGCUGACUGUCCAAAGAGCAUCCCAACCAGACGCACCUCCUGUGGCCAAUCCACCCAACCCACACAUCCCUGGACACUAUGGGCAGUUCAGCAUGGCCAGCCCAUCUAAUGUGCACAUCUUUGGACUGAGGGAAGAAACCCAUGCAAACACAUGGAGAAUUUGCAAACUCCACACAGAUAGUCGCCCGAGGCUGGAAUUGACCCCCGGGUCCCUGGUGCUGUGAGUCAGCAGUUCUAACCACGCCACCCCAUCUUUUAUUUCCACAAGGAAGUGGUGCUGUUCUGACUUAAUGCGUGUUUCUUGAAAUGUCACAGUAAACAGUCAGUUUCAAAGACUACAUCGUCUAGCUUAUGCAAAUUUCUUCAGUUUGUAGGUUUUUAAAAAUUGUGCAAAAUGGUUUGGAACAUGAACUUAUAACCUAUUCCCAAUCCUGUCUGUGAAAAAUUGAUGAGUGUCAGACAAAAAUAAAAGUGGACUGAGUUGAUUUGAGGCCCGAUUGGUGCUGUGAUAAAAAUUUGAAUAGGUAGGCAUUUAUUUUGCUCUGUAGUAACCUCUGUUCUAUUAAUUCAGUCAAUAACAUUAAUACUCAUUAUUACUCUUUGGUCACAUGCGGUCUGAAGAUUUAAAAUGGGGUCACAGUGGGGAAAGGUUUAGUAAACACAACAGUUGAGAUCUUGAGAGAACGAGAGAGAUCGGGAGGAGUGGUGCUGUCAUCAGAAUCCACGUGGAAGCUGACAAUACAUCUGAAGAAGUUAUCACCAAUCGGAAACAUGCUGUGGAAGAAGAGAAGAUUUUUAGUGAAUUACAGAGGUAGCAUUUGAUGGUGGAAGGAGGAAGAAAUGCUGAAAGUUCUACAGCUGUUGCUUUAUGGAUAAGAAUCAGCCAAACACUAGCAGUCCCAUUGAACUGGCUAACAAAGGAAAAAUGCAAUUAAGAUCUGGUCCACCAUGUCAAAGGCUGUAGAAGAGGAAAAUUGUCUCAUGGUCACAGAACAUGUUUCUUAAAUCUUAGAGGAGAAAUUUAGUGCCAUAGUGAAGAUAGAAAACAUUUUGGUGUGAUUUGAAAUGGCACUGCACACUUUAGAACAGUGUUGGCCAACGUACUGUGAUAAAGAUUAAUUAACUUGUCUGGGUGACUUUUAAGGUAAACAUGGAGAUUUUUAACAGAAUAUCAUUUAUAUCCUGUGAAAUGACACUUUUACUAAUUGAUAUAGAAUAUUAAACAAUACGAACUGAC